AUGGCACCGCGCCGAUCUUGCGCCAAGCGCCUUAACCUCCCCGGUGCGGCUCGGCGCCUUGCAGCACAGCCCUCCGCGGCUCCUCAUGUUACGGUGGCCUCGCCAGUGGCUCCGUCGCCCGCUGCGACCGCGCCUGCAGCGAAACCGCCAAGAUCGGUGGAGCCCCCUGUCGCCGCAUGCGUGCAGCCGGCGACCACCUCCCUGGAGCCCGCAGCGACCGUCGCGCGAGUGCCAGUUGUCGAGGAAACCCCGGCCGCACCAGCACCGAAUUUCACAUCUGCCGAGACCGUCCGUACAAGAGAGCACGCAGCCGAGGUGCAGUGUCCUCCUGACGUGACGCCGGCUUCUGUUACCGCAACCGCCUCUGCGGUGCCCGCCGGUGAAGCGAUGCCACCAGCUACUCCAGUAUUAGCAGCACCAUCGGUGCAUUCACCACGAACAGCCAUCAGUGCACAUCGUGGAAGACUGCGUGCUAAGCGACGCGCAGCUGCGGCGCUCGCGCGCAAAGCCAAGCAUCAUAGAAACACCAUUUCUGCACCGCAGCAGGCGAUCAGUCCCUCCACGUCGUCUCAGCCGCCGGCUCCUGCAGCGGCUCCAGAGACGGUGCCUGUUGCAACAGUGGAGGCUCCAGCAGCUGAGGCCGCAGUUGAGCCAACCCCGGAUGCAGCAGCGCCAAAAAUUGCACAAGCGGGCUCCGCGGCGUCAAAACUAAAAGGGCCAGCAGCUGCUACGGUGGUGUCGUCCCCUCCAGCAUCACCACCGAUUUCCGCUCCCCACCGCUCCGCGAUCAGCCGCAUUCCAAAGAAGCGGAAGUUCUUCGCAGAGCUUGAUGAUAAUGUGGCCCUCCCAGCAGCAGAGGCAACACCACCACCUGCCUCCUCAGAAAGGCAUCUACAGGCCUCAGACACUGCGGUGGAUGCGCCGUCGGUGACCGCGGUUCCGUCCGCCGUGCCGCCUGCGACGCCGACAGCAGCAGGGGAAGAAGUCACCAAGAAGACUUCCGCAGUUGCGGAUGCGCUGCACGCUCCUGCUGCUGCGCGUCGCAUGGUGACUCGCCGCACUUCCAAACUGCAUGCAAACGGGGCAGCGGCGAAGCUCCAGCGCAGCCGUAGCAACCUUGUCUCCGCCCAGGCUACCCUCGAAGCAGCGCCGGCAGUAAUCGCACCAGUGACCGGAAGAGCACCUGCCUUCAGUGCAGCCACGCUCACCAUGCCCGAGAAGCCCGCGGCACCAACUGCACCCACCGUGGCAGCGCCUUCUGUGGAGCCUCCACAGCGUUCUGCUUCCUCGACGCCUCAAUCCACGGCCCCACACGUGACCUCCGCUGCUGCGGUCGCCCCAUCGGGUCGUGCCACCAUCAGCCGCAUCUCGAAGAAAAGGAAGCACUUCUUCGAGGAGGUGGAUGAGCCCCCAGCAAGUGAUGCAGCCCCGUCAGUACAGGGGACCUCCACCGUGCCUGCGGUGGCGCAUGCUGCAGCGACUCUGAACAGCACUGGCGCCGCAGCUACGAUAACGGCAGCGGAGCCCGCGGCGCCGACGGUAGAGGCCGUGGUAGCCCCCCCCGCGGCAGCGGUAGCCGUUGCAGACGUGCGUGCAACGAAAGCGACGGCCACGCGGGCGACAGCAAGGCGUCGAAACAUGAAGCGGGGAAGGCUCCCGCCGCAGGCUGCGGUGGCAGAGGCACCGUCGGCUGCAGAGGCGCUUGCCUCUGAGGCCACUGCACCGACACCUGUGACCCCAGCUGUCGAAGCGACGUCAGCGCCCGUGCCGGAGGCUGUUCAGGCUGCCGAAGUCGAAGCCCCUGCAGAGUUGGUUGGAGAGGCGGUCACGACGGCAGACGCAGCUCCACCAGUGGAGGCGGCCACUCCUCCCGCUGCGCAGCGCAAGCCGCGUACUGCAAAGAAGAAGGUGAAGCGCCUAACGGCGGCGGCGAUUCGGCGGCGCGAGCUGGCGGCGUACAAUCGCAUACCAAAGCGCUUCCGCCCCCCAGAGGUGCCACGAUCGGUGUUGUCUACGCCGGCGGCAGAGCCGCAGAGCACGCCUGCACCGACAGAUACCCCAGCGGCUACCGCCAUUGUGGAGGCAGCGGAAGUGAACGGGACACCGCAGCCAGCGGCGGUGAGCGCAACGCAGGCGAAGUCGAUGGAGGCCACAGCGGAGAUGCGCGCAGAGGGACAGACACCGGCUGCGGUCGAGGCUAUCGUGGAGACACCUGCAGUCGAGUUGGCUCAGCCUCCACCAGGUGCAUCUACCGCCUCGGCAGCUGCAGCGGUGAAGCCAGAGGUGCCUCUCACCGAGACAACGAAGAGUGCAGCCCCCUUCGCAGCCCCGGCAGAGGAGCAGUGUCUGAUGGGUCAGGCGCGUGUAGCGACCAAGAGCAUGAAGGUUCGCAUUGCACAGUCGAUAAAGAAGCGCUUCUUCACUGCGCUCGAGGAUGUGCCGGCUGCCAACCCGACCGAGGCGGCGGCCACUGAGACGACCGCCGCUGCCGUGGAGGCGAUCGAGUCUUCGCCUCAAGUGGCAGGCGACAGUACCACAGUGGAUGCCGAGCUGACUGCCGCUGCAGAGGAAGCUGUGGCGCCAAAAAGCACUCGCAACGCAGAAAGCAAGGCUGCCCCUGCCACAUCAGCAGUGGAAGAGGCGUCCACCGAGGCGCCGCAGCCGAUGGCGGAUCAUCAGCCCACCGAAACCACCUCGGCUGAGAAGCCCCCCUUCAAGGCUGUCAAUGCACUGUGUACCGCGGGAGGAGCACUUGCCUCAGAGUCGGUCGCGGGGCACACGGACGCCCCUGCGCUCGCCCAGAGGAAGGUGGUGCGCGUCACCAACGUGCGGGAGAUGCUGAAGGCGAUUCGCAAGGCGAAGCGGGCCGGCAAGCGGGGUUGCUCAAAGAAGCGUCUUUCCCACGGGCCACUGUCGCAGCACCUCGCCACUGAAGUCACGGGCGCAGUAGAUAAAGUCGUGAAUGCGGAAGCGUCGUCCACGGCUGCAGAGGCGAAUCUACCUGCGGAGGUAAGCGACUCAAGAAUCCAUGCACCACUACCGGAAGAAGCGGAGGCAGUGACGUCUGUGGAGAAGACGGAAACCCCCUCAGCGACUGAGCAGCAGACGGUGGUGCAGGCACAAACGGCAGAGGCUGAGGCGGAGACGUACGUUGCGUCGACGACGACGAUGGCGACACCCGAGGUGACGGAGGCGCGCUCGACAGAGACUGUGGACAAGGAAGCAUUGCAGCCGCCAGAGGCGCUGCAGCACGCGGAGAUCCUACUGGCACCGGCACAAGCGGCUGUCGCGGCCCCCGUGAAGGACUUCCUGCCACGCGCCUUCUCUUCCCCGUCGCCUGCGAGGCGCCAGGCAGCGAAGCAGAAGAUCAAGAAGCACGCGAAACUGGCGGCAGCGCGUCUAAACAAGCGCCAGACUUACACCGUGUCGGCCGCAGCGCCCCUGGCAGCAGUGCACGCCCCUGCUGAAACUAUCGACGCCCCGUUGGUAGAGGCGGUACAUGCUGCUGCAGAGCCGCCCGUGCCGCCUGCAGAAGAGGCGUCCGCCGCAACUCUUGUGCGCCGUUCCGCACUGGUGCUGCCCAGCGGCAACGUGGUGGUGGAGUCGUUCACGGACAGUGAGAUGGUGUUGCGUCGCACGGCCCUCGACGACAGCUGGGAUGUCGGGCUGCGGUUUGACUGGCAGGAGCGCACGCUAGCCAUCUCGUCAUUCCCAACAUUUGAGGAGACGGACAAGCGGUCGGCUCACCCGUUUGUGCAUCGGUUCAAGUCGAAGCCGCGGUGGCUGCUGAAGGAGGUGAACGAGACGAACGCGGCGCACAUGAAGAAGGCACUGGACUCCAUGAGUCGGAGCUUGACAGCACGUUUUGUCUUCCGGCAUUUGAGGUAA